AUGAUCUCCUUGAUAUGGGUCAAUCAGAGGUUAAGGAUAUCCAAUCUGCGCCAGAAGGAUAAAGUUAGGCCUGCCGAACAGCUUCCCUGGCGUGUCCCUCUGAUUGCACCACUCCUCGGAACACCUUCUCCUUGGCGCAGAGCGGCGAAUACUGGGAAGAAAGACACGCAGCAUAACAACCUAUUUGGUUCCCCUCCCCAGGUUAUUGCUCGUUCAAAUAAUGCCCCUACCCCGCCGCCUCCGUCUUUUCAGAAUAUGCACAUCCCCAACAUCCUUCAUAUCCUUCUUCUCUCUACGAUCAGUCGCCGAGCUGGCUACACCGGGAUCGAGGAUGAUAUUAUGGCGAAUGUUGAUUUUUGCCCAGGCAAUCUUCCAGGGCCUUCUUAUGGACAUUCUGAUUAUAAAGCGGGGCUUCAGACGUCCGUAUUUCUUGAUUUUCCAGUGCAUGGCCCGAUAUUAAACGAAACCUCCUCACCCAUUUCCGGACCAUUCACGCCGGCCUCAGCAAUCUGGAGCUAUUUCACUCUAUCAAGUUACAAUCACCUCGUCCCGAUAUUUGGGCAACCUCGUCGGUACUCCCCUAUGGUCGCAAUAUGGCUUGUUCAAGACGUCUCUGUAUCUCAACGAGACGAAACUGGCUGUUAA